AUGCUGAAAAGGGCUACAGGCGGUGGCUUUGCACGACUCCUUCCAGGAAACUCAGACCUCCAGACCUCCGUUUCCAGCUGCCUCCCGUAUGACCCGCUAGUGGCCCAGACUCACCGCCUUCCUCCAUCUCAAUCUGCCCACUCCUCCACAGGCACCCCCGUGUGUCCCCAGAAUGCUGCAGCCCCACUUUCCACAUCUUGGCUCACAGAAUUCCCCUCCUGUCUUCUGCUUCGAGUGAGAGGUGGCCGACCGGACGAGGCGCUCCGCUUCCCUAUGGCCGGGCCCUAUGCUGCUGCGGGCACCGUCGGGACGAUGCCCUCCAAGGGCCACGCUCGCUUCCGGCCAGAUCGCUUUGUCGACCCUGAGACGUGUCAGGGGAAAGCCCCUCGGGAGUCCAUCACCAGCGGCGCCAGGAUGUCUCAACUUCUCGGCCUCCGGCUUCGGCCUCUGCCCAUCAUACUCACAGGUCAUGCCCAGGGAAUCCCCGGGCCAGGCCGCCUUCCUUCCAGGCCCCCAGAAAUGGAGGCUAUUGGCUUAGGCAGUCAAGCACUGCCCCCCCGUCCCCCAAGCCAGCGCCCCUGCGGCACCGGCACGGUCUGGGUGAAGACUGUGCCCAGGGCUGCCCAGUGGGCCAAGGCCACAAGACAGCGCGCGGCCGUCCACCACCGGAAAGCACUCCCCCUCCUGCUGCCAUCUCGAACCCGGGCUUGCCCCCAUCCCCGAAGGCUGACGGCGUCCCAGAAGCCAGGGGGCCCAGCCUUGCCCGGCCCUUCCCGGCCCUCGGAGCCUGUAGCUCUGGCUCCUUCUCUGGUGGCUGGAGAUCACGCCUUCAAGGCCGCUGCUGGGUUUGGGCUCAGAACGUGGGCAAGUGGCUUCCUGACCUUCCCACCCCACCUGGCGGUGCUUUAUUUCCUCAUGGCCUCCCGCCUGAGAGGGGAGGAGGGUGACCACGGCUGCCAGGCCCCUCCACCCUACCUGCCCCAUCCGCCGGUCCUGCUCUCCCCGACGCUGCUAUGGGUAGAUCUGGCCACUCUUGUGCCCAUUGGCCAGGGGGCACAGCGUUUUCCAGGUUGCACACGGAGGGCUGCUUCUGGGGGUCGAGGGUCGCCUUCUCGCUCUGGUCUGCGGGAGGGGGGAGGGGCAGAGCCUCAGCCCCCGCCUCACGGCCCCGCCGUCUCCUUUGCAGACAUAGUGACGGAGGACGACAUCUACUGCAACUGCCUGUCCAAGACGCUGUGCCACGUGCCCACGCCCGUGACCGUGGGCUUCUAUGCCCCCUUCGGCUGUCGGCUACACAUGAUGUUGGAUAAGAUCACAGCUCUCAUGCAGAAGGAGGCGGCCCAGCAGGAGGCGGAGCUGCUGCAGCAGGUGCAGUGGAAGCCGCGGCCCGUGCGGGGCUGGGGCUUCCCGCGCCUGCUCUGGUACCUGGUCUUCUACCAGCCCGUCAUCACGGAGCUGCACCUGCGCCGGAAGAACGUGCAGUUCCUGUUCGUGCGCUUCAGCGCCUGGCAGUACGCGGGCACGGACAAGCUGUGGGCCGGGCUGGUGACCACCCUGUGCGACGGCAUCCGCAGCCACUACGGGGCGCUGCCCUUCAGCCUCUACACCGUGGUGGGCAACAAGCCCGCCGUGGCCCCGGACUUCUGCCAGCGCGAGUGGCACUGCCGCCGCCGCGUGUGCCUCAUCAUCUUGGCGCUGGCCGCGGCGCUGGCACUGGGCAUCGGCCUCCUCUACCUGUCCUUCAGCGGCAGGGGCCCCGGGCGCGAGGCGGCGGCCGCCCACGGGGGCCUGCUCAAGGCGUUCGGCGGCGCGGCCACCACGCUGUCGGGCUCGGGGCUGCUCAUGGCGCUCUACUCGGUGGGCAAGCACGUGUUCGUGAGCCAGCGCAAGAAGAUCGAGCGGCUGGUGAGCCGCGAGAAGUUCGGCAGCCAGCUGGGCUUCAUGUGCGAGGUCAAGAAGGAGGUGGAGCUGCUCUGCGACUACCUGCGCUUCCUGGAGGUGUUCCAGCGGCGGCGCCUGCGCAUCGUGCUCGAGGUCACGGGCCUGGACACGUGCUACCCGGAGCGCGUGGUGGGCGUGCUCAACGCCAUCAACACGCUGCUGUCCGACAGUCACGCGCCCUUCAUCUUCAUCCUCGUGGUGGACCCGCACAUCCUGGCCUCGUGCCUCGAGAGCGCGGGCUCCAUGAAGGGCGUGGCCGACAACGGCUACCUCUUCCUCAACCGCACGGUCACGCUGCCCUUCUCCGUGCCCAUCAUGGGCCGCCGCACCAAGCUGCGCUUCUUGGAGGACGCCGUGCAGAGCCGCGACGACCUGCUCUACAGGGCCAUCACCCGGCAGCUGCGGGGCAGCCACAAGGGGCCCCCCGAGGCCGAGGCCACCGAGCUGCUCGGGGUGGAGGUGGCGGCCGCGGGUGGGGCGGGGGCCGGGCCGGGCGCGGGGGGGCCGGAGCAGGGCAGCGUGGAGGCCGAGGCCAGCCAGCGGAUCCAGGAGGCCCUGUUCUGCCUGCACAACGAGCAGGACUGCCUGUACGAGUACAUCCCCGACAACGUGGUGUCCAUGCGGCGCAUCGUCAACACGGUGCCCAUCACCGUGAGGCUGCUGCACGAGCACCAGGCCCGGGGCGGCCUCCUGAGGCCCACACCCAGGCAGGCGGUGGCCUGGGUGGUCCUGGCCAACCAGUGGCCCUGCAGGCUCAGCUGGGCCCUCCAGUGCCUGGAAGACAGGCAGCAGGUGGAGGGCGGGCCGGACCCGCAGGCCCCACUCUGGGGCAUCUUCCACGACAAUUCCCGGGAGUUGCACACCAUGACCAAGGCCUUACAGAACGUGGUGGACCUGGACGGGGACCCGGAGCUCUUUGCCCGUUUCCUGGGUGUCGACUUCCCUUUUACUGUGGCCGAGGCUCAAAGUCUGCUCUACUGUACGGUCAACCUGGACCACUCUAUCCGCCGCAGGAUGGGGCUCAUCCGCAGCGUUCGAGCCCUCAACCCACCCAGCGACCCUCACGACUCGGAGAAGCCGCCCCCCCACCCGCGGGACCGGGCCCGGGCCAACCCCACUGGCAAGCCCAGCGCAGUCUCUUGAAUUUGGGGGAGGUAGAGGCAGGAGGCAGGUGGGAGAAGCGUCCCACCUCCCUUACUCUCCAGUGCUGAUGAGAAAGGCAGCCGCGGCCCACUGGUCCAUGGGCCAGAGGCAGCAAUCGGGGCCCUCCGUCCGGCCCCCUUCCAGUGAGGGCAGCCUCUGGCAGCCCCAGGCCAUUGGUGCCACCGGACUCUGCAGCCUCCGGGCUCCCAUCCAAACCCUCGAAGCAGUGUUAUCCCCAUCCCAGCUCAGGCGAGGCAGCGUGUGUGCGCCUGCGCGUCCCGGCAGAAGCCGCUCAUCUCAGUGCAAUAAAGAUGUGU